AUGAUUCAGGGAAUGGUGAAGGAUGGUGUUAUUGAACCUUCAUCUAGUCCAUGGUGUUCACCUGUGGUGCUGGUAAAGAAGAAGGACGGCAGCAUGCGGUUUUGUGUUGACUACCGCCGCCUGAACGACGUUACGAAGAAGGACAGUCCCUUGCCAAGAAUUGAUGACACGCUGGACAUGCUUACAGGCGUAAAGUGGUUUAGUACGCUGGAUCUGAAAAGUGGCUACUGGCAGGUUGAAAUUGACCCUAAGGACAAGGAGAAAACUGCAUUCUCCACAGGAAAGGGCCUGUGGUAA